CCACAGUGGUGGGAGGGAGAGCCACCUCCUCCUCCUCCUGUGUAGGCUCCAGCAGGACCUUAUCUGGGUCAAAGCCCCUCCGUUCCUGAUGUGACUUUUACGCUUGGCUGGGUGCACGGAGCCAUGGCUGACACCAUCUUCGGCAGUGGGAAUGAUCAGUGGGUUUGCCCCAAUGAUCGGCAGCUUGCCCUGCGAGCCAAGUUGCAGACAGGCUGGUCUGUGCACACCUACCAAACCGAGAAGCAGAGGAGGAGCCAGUGCCUCAGCCCAGCGGAGGUGGACGCCAUCCUGCAGGUCAUCCAGAGAGCGGAGCGGCUGGAUGUCUUGGAGCAACAGAGAAUCGGGCGGCUGGUGGAGCGGCUGGAGACCAUGAGGCGGAAUGUGAUGGGGAACGGGCUCUCCCAGUGCCUGCUCUGUGGGGAGGUGCUGGGCUUCCUGGGAAGCUCAUCGGUGUUCUGCAAAGACUGCAGGAAGAAAGUCUGCACCAAAUGUGGGAUCGAGGCCUGCCCUGGCCAGAAGCGGCCCCUGUGGUUGUGUAAAAUCUGCAGUGAGCAGAGAGAGGUCUGGAAGAGGUCAGGGGCCUGGUUCUUCAAAGGUCUCCCCAAGUAUAUCUUGCCCCUGAAGACCCCUGGCCGAUCCGAGGAUCCCCACUUCCGACCCCUGCCUGUGGAGCCAGCAGAACAGGAGCCCAGAAGCACUGAGACCAGCCGCGUUUACACAUGGGCUCGAGGGAGAGUGGUUUCCAGCGACAGCGACAGUGACUCGGAUCUUAGCUCCUCCAGCCUGGACUAUAGACUCCCAUACACUGGGGUCAAGGACCCAAAAGGUGACAGACCCUGGGGGGAGUCAGGUAGCAGCAGUGUGGAGACCCCCAGGAUGGGGCUUACCCGCCCACCCAGCCACCUUUCAGGGAGCCAGAGCAGCCUGGCCAGUGAGACUGGGACAAGCUCUACAGACCCACAGGGGGGCACCCUGCCCCGGGGUGACCCCAAGGGCCCUGGCAAAAGACACCCCCGGGGGAGCCCUCACUGCUGAACUUGCUCUAGCAGGCCCCUGACCCUGCCCUGCGCUGAGGAGUGUUUGGCGCCUGGAACAGACUUUUUGGGAAGAUUUCAAGAGAGAAAGCUGGAGCCAGACCCUGCCCGGCUCCUCCCUGGCAGGUUGCAUUCUUGCCAGCAGCCUGUGGGCUGGAACUCAACAAACCAGUGUUGGGGGCUGAAUCUGCUCCCCCCACCCAGUGCCUUUCUUAGUGCGUCUUGCUCUCCUGGGGCCUCCACAGCCCCACACCUCUAACCACUGCCUUGGCCCCACCUUAUUUAUUGCCCUGCCCUGCCCCUGCCCCCCACCCCGUGGUUGUCCUAAGCUUGCUUGUAGCCUGGAUUGGGCUGGAAGGGCCUCAGACCCAUGGAGCCAGUAUGUUGAUCUGGUGGGGCCUUCCCUUAUGCACUGCAUUUUCAGAGGGGCCACCAGAUGGGCCCUUCUCCGUAUUUGUAUUAAUGGCAAGCAGAAAUGUAACCCAGAGCAUUACCCUCCAAAGCUGAGUGUGGAGGGAACCAGAGCGUGUGGAGGGGGAGACCCACCCUCCCUCUCCGUCUCCCAGGAAUUUAAGGAUGAAACGUAGCCCCUUGUUAGGUUUCUUUGAAUCCCUCCCUUGACAUCCCCAGUUUUUGCUCAGCCUCCCUUCCAUCUGAAGAGCUGGGAGCGGUUCUAGAGAAUACUGUGAAUUCACUCACUGGAGAGCAGCCUUGGGCUGAGUCCCCAGCCAGGGCACGUGGCUCCCCCAGCUAUCAAUUCACUUCUCUUCAGUAGGCUGGGUUUGGCAUGAAAAAUAAUUCAGAGUACAGGCAAAUGUCUCUGGAAAACCCUUCCCUGAGGAGAGAGAAUGUAUGUGUGCGUGUGACAGAGAGAGAUAGUGACCGACCACAUCCUGCCAUCCUCUCUGCCCCUGCACCACCCCGGGCACCCUGUCCUGGAAGGGCCUUCUCUCCACAUCAGGAGUUCUCAGGCCGCACCCAGGAGCUUUUUGCCCUUGCUUCUGUCAGAUGGUAAAGAAGCUCACUGCUUCCCUGUGACACGUUAUGCUUUAGAAUUAACACAAUAAAGAUUAGAAUUUGCAUUGA